AUGGCAAACGAAGAAAGUGUUGCUUCGUUGGUGAAAUCCAUUGAGGAAAAAAUCGGCCGCACCGAUGAGUUCGAUGAUAUGAUGGAGCAGUUCAUCGAGCAACUGAUCCCCACGAUGGCGGUCCCCGAGCAAAACGAAAACGCGUAUACCCCUAGUAUCGUAUCUAUUGGCCCUCUUCACAGAGGGACACGGCUUCAACAAAUGGAGUCUGUGAAGUUGAGUUACGUUCGUAGCCUAUUUGACCGACUUGAAACAUCAUUUGAUGAUACUCUGAAAGCUUGUGCGGCCAAAGUGUUGGAUAUCGAAGAAUUUGCUACAAAAUAUUAUGCGUCGGCCAGGUUAAAGGAAAAAACCGAAGAUGUCGGGCUUGCAGAAAUGAUGCUUAUUGAUGGUUGCUUCAUAAUUGAACUACUAUACAGAAAUUUCGAGAAUUUAGGCUCGGAAAAUUCAGAGUCGGAGAACUGGAAUAUUGACUCCAUUUUGUCCAACCCUUUUAAGUGCUAUGCAGUCCGACGUGAUUUGCUAUUGCUCGAGAAUCAGAUUCCUUUAAUAGUUGUUCAUGAUUUGUUCCAACUGACGAUUGGAAAGAUCCAAAAUAAAAGUUAUACAAGGGACUCCCUUAUUAAAUGGAUCUUUAAAUUCUUGGGCAACAUAAUGGGCGCUGAAAAUAUUAUAGACAUUGAAAAUGAUGAUGAAUUAAGUAAUUUGGAGAGGGAAAGUGGUCAUCAUAUACUGUGUCUUGUGCGGGGGUACUAUAUGCCGCCUACUACUCCGAAACCUGAAAAAUCCAUACACCAAGAGCGAAUCAAGUACUCCGCUACAGAACUUCGCUUGGCGGGAGUGGAAUUGAGGGCUGGCAAGAAAAAAGAAUUAUUCAACAUAGAGUUUACUAAAGCUUUUAGUUGGAGGAGCUGCUCUUCUUUGUUUAUAAAAGGCCACUUAGAAAUUACACCUUUCACCGUCUCUGAUUCCACUGACUGUUUUCUGAGAAACGUCAUUGCUUACGAGCUAUGUAACCCCCAGAUUCCUAGUUACUUCACAUCAUUUGCGUUCUUCAUGGAUCUCCUAAUCAACACCCCAGACGAUGUUCAAUUGUUCGAGGAAGCUAAAAUCAUUCGCAACUCUUUAGGUUCCAGGGAAGAAGUGGCCCGACUCUUCAAUGGUAUUUGCAAGAAUGCCAGUUCAAGCGGCUUCCAUUACAGUAAGGUAUACAAGGAGGCCAUGGAUUUCUGCACGCCUUGGCGAGUUUCUACUGGAAGGCUCAAACAUUAUUAUUUUGGUAGUCCAUGGGCAGGCAUAUCUGUCAUGGCCGGCAUCAUCCUUUUCGUCCUCGCGCUUUUAUCCACUAUAUACGGUAUGCUUUCGUAUUAUGUAGGUGAUACAUUGUCAGUCCCAUAUAAGUAA